UUUGAACAAGUGUUUCGUUUGGUUCUUUGUAUAUUUAUACUCCGUGUGUGGUGAUUUUGAGUGUUUCUGGAUAGUUAAUUUCUGUUUCGUGACAAGGAUUUAAGAUCGUUAUUAUGUCAGCUUCGGAAAACGCACGGGUGGCAGCGCGCGCCGUUCGAACGAAUGCUUCGUCCUAGAGCCGUCAGAGAUGAUCGUUAUUGAUUAUCCUGAGGCACAACCAACUAGAGCUCAGAAUAGCCGUUUAAUAGGAGGAACUGGGGCGCCGUUGCAUUUACAAGGUGGGGUGCCCCACCCCAUCACAAUGGAACAUCAGAGAGGCAUUUCAGGAAUCAACUUAAUGUUUGAUGACAAUCAUUUGACGAACACUUCUGUGACAAUAAGACCAGAGCUGUACCAGAAGUGCAAUCGUGGUUCCCACUCAAGUGAUACUAGUUCUGCUUAUAGCGGAAGUGACACAAUGACGUCUGUUCAUAGUUCACUUGAUGAUGCUGGUGACAGGGACCGAGAUGAUGAAGUGGACUUGUCGGGUCUGAUGGAGUCCAUUGUGGACUCUGAUGAAGAAGAAGAUCUUGCAGAGAGCAUGGAUAGCUUGACGGUCCGUGACACAGUUCGUGAGUGUUUAGAGAAAGACCCUGCAGAUCGUGAUGAAGCUGAUAUAGAAAUUUUAUUAGAACUGACACAAACAUUGAAAGCAUUUACAAACAUGACAUUAGCUGUACGUAAAGCUCUUUGUUCUGUGAUGGUAUUUGCAGUGGUUGAAAAGGCAGGCACUAUGGUCAUGAGUGAUGGUGAAGAGCUAGAUUCUUGGUCAGUUUUAAUCAAUGGUCGUGUUGAGAUUGAGCAUAAUGAUGGGGAAACUGAACAACUGCAUAUGGGGGAUAGUUUUGGAAUCCGACCAACAAUGGAAAAGCUAUAUCAUAGAGGGGUUAUGAGGACUUUGUGUGAUGAUUGCCAAUUUGUUUGCAUAACUCAAACAGAUUAUUUUAGAAUUCAACAUCAAGGUGAGGAAAAUACAAGAAGGCAUGAGGAAGAUGGUCGACUUGUUAUGAUAACAGAAUUAAGAGGUGACCAGGAAGAAGGUGGCAAAAGGGGGCAUGUUGUUAUAAGGGGUACUCCGGAACGUUUGAUGCUGCAGCUGAUAGAAGAAAAUUCUGUAACAGAUUGCACGUACAUUGAAGACUUCCUACUGACACAUAGAACAUUUAUUGAUAGUUCUUUAGAUGUUGCUAAACAACUUUUAGUGUGGUUUAAAGAAUCUCAUAUUCGUGAUCAUGUUACUAGAGUUGUGCUGCUGUGGGUCAACAAUCACUUCACAGACUUUGAAACGGAUCCUCAGAUGAUGGAUUUUCUCGAAGUUUUUGAAGGUGGCUUGGAACAAGAAAAUAUGCAAGGCCAGCUAAGGUUGUUGAAAUUUGCAUGUGCAGCAAAAGCAAGAACUAGAAAUGUUACAUUGGCCAGACCAUCUAGAGAUGAGCCAUUGCAAUUUUCUAUACUUGGUGGUUAUGAAAGGGGAUUUGGAAUUUUUAUAUCCAAAGUGGAUAAGAAAUCUAGAGCUGAGGAUGUUGGUUUGAAAAGAGGUGACCAAAUUUUGGAAGUUAAUGGCCAAAGUUUUGAACAUGUCAGUUACAACAAAGCUUUGGAUAUUUUAAGAGGAACUACACAUCUAAGCAUAACAUUGAAGAGUAAUUUACUUGCAUUUAAAGAAAUGUUACAAACUCCUGAUAACUCUCCAAGACCCAGAGGACGAAAAGUAUCAGAGAUUGCAUUAUUACAAGCGGAUCCAAAAGCACGAUUAUCGUCAGUAGAAUUGCUGUCAGCAGAAGAACCUUUAUCUAAAGCCCCAAUUACAAUACAAAGUCCAAACAAAGAAAGUAAUAACAAAAAGGAUUCACAUAUUGGUUUCAAAACACUUGCUCCCAAAAAAAGACUACAAAAGGCACUGAUGAAAAUGAAUAUUCUACCAAAGAAUAUUAUCAAUGAAAGUUUAGCAAAUGAUGACAGCAAUAUACCUCUCACAAAUACUGGAUUAACAAAUAGCAACCAAAACAAUCAACUAUAUCAGUCACAUAGUAAUCCUGAUUUAAUGUCAUGCUAUGAUGACUUGAGGGGUUCUGACUAUCCAGAACAUGUCCUCAAAGUAUUUAAAUCAGACCAAACAUGCAAAUAUCUAUUGGUUCAUAAAGAAACUACUGCCCAUGAAGUGGUGAUGUUGGCUCUUCAAGAAUUUGGUAUAACUGACCCAAGCUCUAAUUUUUCACUGUGUGAAGUAUCAGUGGCAGAGGGUGGAAUGAUAAAACAAAGACGAUUACCUGACCAAUUGCAGAAUUUAGCAGAAAGAAUAGGUUUAAAUUCUCGAUAUUACUUAAAAACUAAUGGCAUAACAGAAACAUUAGUUGCUGAUGAAAUGGCACCUGAGUUGGUCAGGGAAGGCGCUGUUUAUUUCUUACAAUUAAAUGCUGUAGAAAUUGCUAUACAGUUGACUUUACAAGAUUUUAGUAUAUUCAGGCAAAUUGAAAGUACUGAGUAUGUUGAUGAUCUCUUUGAACUGAAGAGCAGAUAUGGAAUGCCGAUGUUAUCGCAGUUUUCAGAACUAGUUAAUAGAGAAAUGUUCUGGGUGGUUACAGAAGUAUGCAGUGAACAUAACCUAGUUAGAAGAAGCAAGAUUAUUAAACAAUUUAUCAAAGUAGCAAGGCAAUGUAAAGAAUGCAAGAAUUUUAAUUCCAUGUUUGCAAUAAUUUCUGGCCUUGGUCAUGGUGCUGUUUCACGAUUGAGAGUUUCUUGGGAAAAAUUAUCAACAAAAUAUCAAAGAUUGUUUUCAGAUUUGCAAGAACUGAUGGAUCCUUCAAGAAAUAUGUCUAAAUAUAGACAACUUAUAAGUUCUGAACAAAGCAAACCGCCCAUUAUACCAUUUUACCCCAUUGUGAAAAAAGACUUAACAUUUAUUCAUUUGGGAAAUGAUUCACGUGUGGAUGGUUUAGUAAAUUUUGAAAAAUUGAGGAUGAUUGCUAAAGAAGUAAGAUCCUUGACAAAUAUGUGUAGCAGUCCUUAUGACUUGUUGACUAUGCUCGAGCUGGGAGGACAGCCUCCAAGUUCAGCUAUGGUUGCAUUGAAUCAGAUGACAACUGCCACUACAGGGGGAACAAAUGCUCAGCAAGGUCAAGCAACUGUAAAAAGACGUAAAAAGUCAACAGCUGCACCCAAUCCUAAAAAGAUGUUCGAAGAAGCUCAGAUGGUGAGAAGAGUUAAAGCCUAUCUGAAUAACAUGAAAAUAAUAACUGAUGAGGAAAAGUUACAUGCUUUAUCUUUGGAAUGUGAACCUAGUGGUUCAGCACCCAAUUCUGUUCCAAUUAGAAAAAGGCAUCCAUCACCUACCUUAUCCACAACUAGCAGUGCAAGUUCUGCCAGUGAAGGGAAGAAGGGAAUUGCAGCUACUAAAUUUGGCGCCGCGUCGCCGCAAGCUGUUCGCAAGAUUCUUGCCCUAUCCGAACCUACAAAAACGCGGCCCCACCAGCCGCGACACCCUGGUUCUGCCUUACCUAUGCAGGGAAUGGUACAUCAUCAUCACGCUUUGCAUCACCAUCAUCAUCCUCAUCACCAUGGGCUUCUACCUGGAACAGGGCUAACGGCUUCACAAGCCUCAAUUCCCUCUCCCGGCGCACAUCAUCGCAGGAUAGGUUCUGCUAGCGUCACAGGCCCUGCAUGCUGCGGAAGUCAAGUGUACGUUCAUUCCAUAAGUAGUAAUGGCAGCGGCAUGGUCGGUCGAGUGGUCGGUGGCGGAGUUGGUGUCGGAAUGCACGAACGUUCGCAUUCCGAUACGCCUACGCCUUUGCCAUCAGUCGAUUUGUCAGCUGAGAGCAGUAGCGUCACAUCAUUAAGCAACAUGCCCCUGAGGAAAACGGUCACUUCGGGUUCUGUGACAUCCAGUGAUAGUGGCCAUAGUUCUUCAAUACCUGGUCAACUUGAUACCUCAUAUCACUUGCAGUGCACACCUAGUCCAAAUCUACAACAGAGAAGGCAUUCAGCAUUGCAAGGGCAUGACGACGACACGCACUAUACUCCUACACAAGCACAUCUCCAACAUCAUCUCUUACCGCACCAAAUUGCACAUUCCCAAGCACUGCCCGCCUUCUCGCAUAAUCUAAACCGCUACGUUGCCGCUGUACCCGUGUCUUCAUCGGUUCCCAGAAGCGCAGCACGCGCUGGACCUCCGCCGUACUCUGAAGCUGCUAAAAUAAUGCAAAUUCAGCGACUCGGCAGAGCCCAUAGUCAUGAAGGGGUAACUGCCUGCUACUACCGUCACGGUGAUCAAAUGGAGAAUCCGGGACCCACGGAUGACGAAGAUGACAAUGGCCAAGUAUCGGCUGUUUGAAACAGUGUACAUAUGAUGAUUUGCAGAUAGUUACACAGUAGUAUAAAUUUGAUCCUUUUGCAUUUUAUGUGAAUUUGUUAGUUUUUCUUUUCACAUUUAUUGCACACU